AUGCGUGAGGUGAUUGACAUGAUCGAGCCUCACAUGAUGCCAGGCCAACGAGGUCAUCGAAUCAGUAGGCAAAUUCGAAUUUUGGCAGCAAUAAGAGUAAUGGAACGUUUUAACUUGCCAGGUGUCAUUGGGUUUGUUGAUGGCACGCACGUUGCUAUUUUGAAUCCAGGUAGAGAUCGAGAGCACCAAUACCUCAACCGCAAGGGAUACCAUUCAAAGAAUGUUCAACUUAUUUGUGGUCCCAACAACAGACUAUAUGCAGUAAAUGCAGCACACGGAGGCGCAUCUCAUGAUGCAUUUAUUUGGCGAACGAGUAACAUUAACACCAUGUUACAAAUGCCUCUCACAGAAGAUGGUGACAGAAAUUCUUGGCUUUUGGGUGAUUCUGGGUAUCCUCUCAUGCCCUACUUACUAACUCCUUUUCCACAUCCACCUGAGAACACCCCAGAAUCGAGAUUCAAUAAUGCGCAUCGUAGGGUUCGUUCUUGUAUAGAGCAGUGCAUUGGGAUUCUAAAAGCCAGAUUUCGAUGCUUUCUGUCUGAGCGCGCAUUAAGAUACUCUCUACCAAAAGCCGGCACCAUAAUCAAUGCCUGUGUGAUACUGCACAACAUUAUGGUUGAGCGCGAUUUGCCGUUGCCUCCGGAGGUUGAUAUUUUAAAUGCAAUUUACCAACACCAGGCCGACGAAGAUGACGACCACCCCGACCAUCAAAUUGAAGCCCCUGAGAACCGAGCUGCUGCAGCGCAAAAUCGUGCACGUAUUGCACGUAAUUACUUCCGUUAA